GUGUCCACGGUGCGGGGAGGAAUGGCUGGCUGGGGGCUCUUCUUCACGUCUCUCCUCAACUACAAGACCGAGAAAUAUGUCAUCGCCGAAAACAGGAGAAUCGGGAUUUUAUUUCGGCUCUAUCAGCUGGCCGUGCUGGGAUACAUAAUCGGGUGGGUGUUUGUGGUGAAGAAAGGCUACCAGGAGAGGGAAGAGGCCGUCCAGACCUCCGUCAUCACCAAGCUUAAAGGUGUCACUCUGACCAACACUUCAGAUGGUGGAUCUUACCUGUGGAGCGCCGAGGAUUAUGUCAUACCACCUAAUGGGGAGCAGGUGUUCUUCAUAGUAACGAAUUACAUAGAGACCCCCAAUCAGAGGCUGGGCUUCUGUGCUGAGAGUUUCAAGGUGCCAAACGGACGAUGUCAAAAUGACAGUGACUGCAUGGAAGGGGAGAGUGUAACAGCCGGGCACGGAAUCAAGACCGGCCUGUGUUUGAACAGCACUGGGACGUGUGAGAUUCACGCUUGGUGUCCCGUCGAAUACAGCAAAAGACCCACGGAACCCCUACUGAGCGAAGCAGAAAACUUCACCAUCUACAUCAAGAAUUUCAUCAGGUUCCCAAAGUUUGAAUUCUCCAAGUCCAACGUCCUGGAAACCUCCGAUGAGAACUACCUGAAGAGAUGCUCCUACGACAAAGAGAACCAUCCUUACUGUCCCAUCUUCCGCCUCGCAGAUAUCGUCAGCAGCACUGGAAAUGACUUUCAGGACAUGGCUGUGAAGGGCGGCUCUGUCGGUAUUCUGAUCGAGUGGAAAUGCGACCUGGAUAAAGACGCCUCUCAGUGUCAACCCCGGUACAGCUUCUCCCGUCUGGACAUGAACUUCAACAACUCCAUCACGUCAGGAUACAACUUCCGAUAUGCCAGAUACUACAAGGAUGACAACGGUGAAACCUACCGCACCCUGUAUAAAGUGUAUGGGAUUCGCUUCGAUAUAAUGAUCAAUGGCCAGGCUGGGAAAUUCAGUAUUGUUCCCACAAUAAUUGCCAUCGGCUCUGGUGUUGCUCUGCUGGGUAUAGGAGCCUUUGCAUGUGAUAUGAUUCUGCUGUACAUGAUGAACACGAGCUCCUUCUACAGAGAUAAGAAGUUUGAAAUCAUCAACUUUAAGAAAGAAAAUAACAAAUCCAAGGAUGGGAAAGCAGGACACCGGGAGAGGAGGUCCAGGAAACCGGCGGCAGACAAAGAGGCGGCCAACUCCUUAAAAAAGUCAGACGAGACUGAACUCACUGUGGAGUCUUCUCUUGGCGCAGAGAACCGGCCGUCUGUGGAGAAACGGGGUCCCACCAUUCCACGCAACACAGGACAGCGAUACUCCGCCGUUCUCUCCCCCCAGGGCGCAGAGCCGAAGCAUCACAUCACCUUCUCUUCACACAAUUAGGUUUGCAGGCAGAGCAGGACGAAUCUCCUUGCGGUGGCCUCGGCUACGCUGCAGGAGGUGGAACCAAAAGUCAGACUGAUUCUCACCUGCUGGCACGCUCACUAGCAUGAGUGACGUUUGCCCCGACUGGAGACGUGUUGGUCCAGGAAAAUGUUGUGCACCGUGAGAGAGGGCCGGGACUCUGAUGUUCACAGGAAGGUGGCUGGGUCAGGAUUCAAAAGGUGGGAGAUUAAAAGAGGUCCAUUCAUAGUCCUGUUCAACUAGCAGAGCGACAGCUGUUAUAAGAACCAAUAGAUAGCGAUAAAAUAGCUAAAACUUGAAGUGAAUUGUCAAAUAUUCCCCAUGCACAGUCGUUCAAAAAGUUUAAUCUGGACCAGAAUGAUCUGGAUUUGGUAAUCCCAUGUUUUGUGGAGGCUGGAUUGGAUCACUCUCAUGCAGAUGCAAACUUUUCAAGAUCACCAAAUGUCAUAGCUCUAAAUGGGACUAAAUAUCACAGUGUAGGCUAGCAGGAAGAUUCACUUUCUUUUAAACAGCCAGACCCCCCAUUAGACACGUUUUAAAUAAUAAAACAUAGCGAAAUGUCCAAUAGGUAACAGAAAAAGAAUGUUCAGAGUUCUACUUUUCUUUUUUGACCAGACAAUUUUUUAAGGUUUCAUCCAAUCUGAUAGCUGAAACACAGUCACAUUGCUUCUGACCAGUUGGGCUCCAGGUGCUGCUUCAUGUGGUGGAAAUAAACUUGUUGAGAAAGAAAA